AUGUCAAAAUGCCAUGGAGCCGAUUUGUUUACGUUUACAAAUCGACCUGUCACUGGUGAUAUUAAUGAAUAAAUUCAACAAAAUACCGUAAACUUAUAUAAAAAUAACAAUUCUACACAUUUUUUACAUCUUUCUAAUCAUUUUCCAGGCACAAAUCAACGAUUUCCAGCUAGUAAAACCGAAGAAAUCGACGAAACAAAACCAACAUGUUGUUAUCAUUAGGCAGGAAAUCCCGGUAUCUGAGACUCAUCACAUUAGCCUUAGUAUUAUUAUCUGUCCUCUAUCUACUAUUCUCCUACGACAGAAAGGACAAAGACAGCGUUAGAAAAGCACCGCUAGUGUAUACGGAAAAGCCCAAAUUAGUGCAAGGCCUGGGCAACUUCGAACCCCAAGAAACCCAACCCAGAGAAGGCCCCGGCGAAAGGGGCGAAGCCCACCACCUGCGGCAAGACCAAAGCAACGCCGCCGAUCAAUCGGAGGCCGAAUACGGCAUGAACGUGGCCUGCUCCGACGAAAUAUCCCUCGAUCGCAGCAUCGUAGACACCCGCCUGCCGGAGUGCAAGCACUGGGCCUACCCCGAACGCCUCCCCACCACCUCCGUCAUCAUCGUGUUCCACAACGAGGGAUUCUCCGUGCUGAUGCGCACCGUCCAUUCGGUGCUCAACCGGUCCCCGCCGCAGUUCCUGCAGGAGAUCCUCCUGGUGGACGAUUUCAGCGACAAGGAAUCGCUGAAGGGGAAGCUGGAGGAUUACAUCGGUCGGUUCGACGGGAAGGUGCGAUUGAUCCGGAACAACCAACGAGAGGGUCUGAUCCGGACGCGAUCCAGAGGCGCUAAGGAGGCCGUGGGUGAAGUCAUCGUGUUUUUAGACGCCCAUUGCGAGGUGAACACCAAUUGGUUGCCUCCGUUGUUGGCCCCCAUAGCGCUCGAUUCCACCACUAUGACGGUUCCCAUCAUCGACGGCAUCGAUCACAAGACCUUCCAGUACCGACCAGUCUACUCCGAUUCCCACCACUAUCGAGGCAUCUUCGAAUGGGGCAUGCUAUACAAAGAAAACGAAGUACCAUCUAAAGAACUAUCGACGCGCGAGCACCACAGCGAGCCCUACAAGAGCCCCACGCACGCCGGCGGUCUAUUCGCCAUAAACCGCGAGUAUUUCCUCCAUUUAGGCGGCUACGAUCCUGGUCUGUUGGUGUGGGGCGGCGAGAACUUCGAGCUGAGCUUCAAGAUCUGGCAAUGCGGCGGCGCCAUUUUGUGGGUGCCGUGUUCGCGCGUCGGUCACGUCUACAGGAGCUUCAUGCCCUACAAUUUCGGCGAUUUGGCCAAGAAGAAUCGCGGACCGCUCAUCACGAGGAACUACAAACGUGUGGUGGAGACUUGGUUCGAUGAAUCCUACAAGGCGCAUUUCUACGCGAGGGAACCCAUGGCGGAGUACCUCGAUAUGGGCGACAUAAGCGAGCAGUUGGCUUUGAAAGAUCGAUUGAAGUGCAAGAGUUUCGAGUGGUUUAUGGAGAACGUGGCGUACGAUGUGUUGGAGAAGUAUCCGGUGUUGCCGGUUAACCUAAAAGUAGGAGAAUUGAGGUCGGUGGCGGCUUCUAAGUGUCUGGAUACGCAAGGUCAGGCGCCGCCUUCGCUGAUGGCCGUGCAACAUUGUCACGGUUUCGGGAACAAUCAGUUGAUGAGGUUGAACGCCAAGGGGCAGCUGGGGGUGGGUGAAAGGUGCAUAGAGGCGGACAGUCAGGGGGUGAAGUUGACCUUUUGUAGGUUGGGGACGGCGGACGGGCCUUGGGUGUACGAUGAUAAUAGUUAUACGUUGUUGCACAGAGUGCAUAGGAAAUGCAUGGCGUUGCACCCGCAAACGAUGCACCUCUCGCUGAUGCCGUGCGACAUCAACAAUGCAUAUCAACAGUGGUUGUUCAAGAAAAUCAAGCCCAAAUGGAGUAAAUAAAAUUUAAUUAUUUUUUUUUAUUAUUGUCGAUUUUUUGUUUUCAAAGUUCUGUGUAAACGUGGAUUUUUUUCAAAUAUUCCGUUCGAAAUUCCACGUUUACUCGAUAAUAUUGAAUCGGAUAAUUGGAUUAAUUUUGAAAAGUUUAGUUGAUGAUAAGAUAAAAGUCUUCCCAUUUAUUAUUAGUAUUAUUAUUUCGAUAUUUUUGUUGUAAAUUUUUGGUCGAGAAAUUCGUGUAUUAUACAGGGUGUUUGUGAAAAAAAUAAUGUCCAAAAUAAGCGAAAAAAAGACACCUUAUUAUAUAAAUAAAUAAAAUGUAUAAAAAAACGGAAAUUUUAUUUAUGUUACUUAUUAUUUUUAAUACUUAUUAAAUUUUACUUAAGCAAUAUUUGUUUAAUUUAUUCGAUUUUUUUAUACUUGUAUUUUUGUUAAUGAUAAAUUGUUGACGAAAUAGAUGAAAAUUUGAC